CAUUAAUUCCAAUUACUUCUUUUUCUUCUUGUACUCAAUCUUGCUGAUCAACAAUAGUAGUAAUGGCACCAAACAGCAUAAAAAAACUCAGGAAGCUGCCUCACGUGUUCAGCAAAGUCCUCGAAUUACCGAUCCCGUCCAACGCGGAUGUCGAGGUGGAAGAAAACCUCGAAUUCUUCCGCUUCAUGGCGAAAAUCGAGCAGCAUGGUGAAAAUAUUCGUAAUGUGAGGGCGCAAACAGUGGAGAUUCAUCCAGGGAUUACGAAGAUAGUAGUGAGAAAUGGUAGUGGUGAUGGUGGUGAAGCGGAGCUACUGAUGUUGGACCAAUUGAAUGUGGACACGUGGAGAUUUAGGUUACCCACGUCCGCAAAACCGGAGCUGGCUACGGCUGUGUUUGCGGACGGGGAGCUAAUCGUGACGGUGCCGAAAGGUGUGAACGGUCGUGGAGGGUACGGAGGGAAGGAUGUUUUGGUACGCCGCCGAAAUAUCACGCUUGUUCUUGUACAAUAGUUGAGACAAGAGUAUAAGCUAGGUCUCCCCAUAUAUUGAUAUUAUUUUCUUUUUAGUUUCUAAAUCUUAGGGACGAAAUGAUAUAUUUCUAUAUUUGAAAAUAAUUAUGUUUAAAAUUCUAUUUCAUCCUUAUAAUAAAAAAAUACAUUAUCAAAUAAGCAGAUCCAGAACAUGUUUACAAAACCAUGUACAAAAUUAUUCAAAACUUAAAUCAAAGGAAAUUCCAAGGUGAAUUUUUUGCCAUGAUGUUUAGUAAAUUAUCAUUUUUUAAAUUUCUCAUCCAACUUAUAGACCUUUUAGACUAUGAUAUAAAGAUCUAUUUUGAAGAAAUUAAAAAUCUUAUGAGAAAACGUUAGACCACAAUCUAAAACUUUUGUAAGUUAUUACAAACUAGACGUCUGAAAAGGACGAAGAACGGACUCGCUCAACCACCGGAAGAAGGAAAUAGAGGGAGAACAGCAUUGAUUGAGAGGGAGGACAACCCUUUCUUGAUUAGCUAGGAAUAGACAUCGAGAUUACAGUCUAAUAUUUUGUCGGUAAGAU